CAUCCGCCUGCAGUGGCAGCGCCGCGCCCGCUGCCCGAGCCCCGCCGGGAUGGGGAGCGAGGCCGCGGCUGCCCGCGGCUGCCGAGCUUGCCGCUGACGCCCCCAACCCCGCCGCCUCCUUCGCUCGGCUCCAGAGGCGCCCGACGUCCCACCAGCUCCGCGAGUGAGAGCCGCGACAGGCGACCGGAACCCCGAGGCCCCGAGCUCAGGACAGCCCCCGAGUCAUCUAGUUGUAACCGAGAAGCAUUCUGAAGUUCUUCACUGUAGCUGAAGAGCAAACUUGACCGAGUCCCAUUGUGGUGAAAUGACGGUGCCUUUUGUCAUGUCGGAAUAAAAGACUGAACUAUGAUAGCAACUGGUGGAGUGAUAACUGGCCUGGCCGCCUUGAAGAGGCAAGACUCUGCCAGAUCGCAGCAUCAUGUCAACCUCAGCCCGUCGCCUGCUGCCCAGGAGAAGAAACCGGUCAGGCGUCGACCCCGGGCCGAUGUCGUGGUUGUUCGCGGCAAAAUCCGGCUUUAUUCCCCGUCUGGUUUCUUCCUCAUUUUAGGAGUCCUUAUCUCCAUUGUAGGAAUCGCAAUGGCAGUCCUUGGAUAUUGGCCUCAAAAAGAACGUUUUAUCGAUGCUGAGACGACAUUGUCAACAAACGAAACUCAGGUCAUCCGGAGCCAAGGUGGUGUGGUGGUUCGCUUCUUUGAGCAGCAUUUGCAUUCUGAUAACAUGAAAAUGCUUGGCCCUUUCACAAUGGGGAUUGGCAUUUUCAUUUUCAUUUGUGCUAAUGCCAUUCUUCACGAGAACCGGGACAAAGAAACAAAAGUCAUACAUAUGAGGGAUAUCUAUUCCACAGUCAUUGACAUCCACACGCUAAGAAUCAAGGAGCAAAGGCAUAUGAAUGGAAUCUACCCUGGUUUAAUGGGGGAAAUGGAAGUGAAACAGAAUGGGAACUCCUGUGCCUCGAGACUGGCAGCAAAUACCAUUGCUUCUUUUUCAGGUUUUAGGAGCAGUUUUCGGAUGGACAGCUCUGUUGAGGAGGACGAGCUGGUGAGAAAUGAAAGUAAGGGUUUUGGACAUCUUAUGCCACCUUUGUUCUCUGACAGCUCUAACUCUGUUUGUGGCCUCUAUCCACCUCCUUCCCAGACAACUGAUUAUAAGACCAGUGGCCCUAAGAAAUGUGAAACCAAGUCAAUUGUGUCAUCGUCCAUCAGUACUUUUACAUUGCCUGUGAUCAAACUUAAUAACUGUGUUAUUGAUGAGCCCAGUAUAGACAACAUCACUGAGGAUGCUGAUAACCUCAAGAGUAGGUCGAGGAAUUUGUCAAUGGACUCCCUUAUGGUCCCUUUGCCUAAUAGCAGUCAGUCCUUCCAGCCAGUCAGUAUGAUGCUCCCAAGGAAUAAUUCCAUUGGGGAGUCACUGUCAAGUCAGUACAAGUCCUCUGUGGCCCUUGGACCUGGGGCUGGACAGCUCUUGUCUCCUGGGGAUGCUAGAAGACAGUUUGGGUCCAACACAUCCUUGCAUUUGCUCUCGUCACACUCGAAAUCCUUAGACUUAGACCGGGGUCACUCCACCUUAACCGUUCAGGCAGAACAACGGAAACAUCCAAGUUGGCCUCGGUUGGAUCGAAGCAACAGCAAAGGAUACAUGAAACUAGAGAACAAAGAGGACCCGAUGGAGAGGCUGCUUGUACCCCAAGUUGCAAUCAAGAAAGACUUUACCAACAAGGAGAAGCUUCUUAUGAUUUCAAGAUCUCACAAUAAUUUGAGUUUUGAACAUGAUGAGUUUUUGAGUAACAACUUGAAACGGGGAACUUCUGAAACAAGGUUUUAAUGUUGAAAAAAUAUCUUAUCUUACAAGGCUAUAUAUUCUAAACCUAUUUUCACCAGUGUUCCCUUGUUAAAGCCUUGGUUAUAAGCCUUUUUAAUCAAGUGGUUUGUAGUGUAUUAGACCUGGCUGCUUAAUUCUGUAAUGGAGAUGGUUAUAUGUUUGGAUUACUUAGGAUUGCAGUACUCUAUAUUACUACAUAUGAAUUUAUUUUUUUCUGUUCCCUUGAAAGCAUGGGCUCUUUCAUUAAUAUGAAUACAAAAUACUUCCAUCCAAAUUAAAGUUCCUAUUCUUUACUUUAAAGUUCUUUCACUGAUGGUCAUAUUCAUAGAGCAAAGUGUCCAGUUUAGAAAAGGCAGAGUACCAAACUGUAGACUAGAAGUGCCAAAUUCAAUGCAAAUCUUAGGUGUCGUUUUCUGAAAAAUUGCUUUUACAUAGGAUUGGUUAAAUUAUUUAAAAGGAAAAAGAUCUAGCUUCUGUGCAAGCUAAAUAAUGUGAAUUGGUUAAAUUGGCUUAGUUCUGAGUAGCUAAUUGACAAGAAUUGGUUGAGUUCGGUUGUGACUAGUACCCUGAGCUCUAGGUAGGUAGUAUUUUUUUCAACAUCAGUUCUAUUUUAGUGAUAUUUUAUUAAGAAACCAUGUAUUCAAGAGCCAUGGCUGAGAAUGCCAGAUAUUCUUAAGGGUAAAUAUCAAAAUGCUCAGCUAUAACUUUAGGUAUUCAGAAUCAAAAUUUCUUUGCAACUGACUUGAAAAAUGAAUGAACCAAUUUAGUGUUUAGAAGUGCUAUCUUGAAAUAAUUACAUAUAUGAAGAAAAGAUUGACUAAUGAAUGAAAAUACAUGCUACUUAAUGCUAACUAGUCUCAGUACCUUUUCCUAGCUGUCUCUCUUAUCAUCUAAUAUCCACUCACUCCCACAUCCUUGUUUUCCCCCAAUAUUUUUUAGAUACUGUUAUUUGGAAGAUAAUCAGCUAACCUUGACAUUUCUUUUAUCUUUGCAUAUCACUAAGUUGGUGGUUGAAGAAAAUUUAGUCCUUGAUACAUUGCCUUGAAAUUUACCUUAUGCUAG